UUUGAGAUUGUUAUUGCCUUAGGUUCCUUCUAAAAAAUCCUCACUCACAUCUGCGCACUACUUCCUUGUGCACCUUUGUUAAAAACUCUGCUUCUGCUCCUUCAGUCAGCAUGAGUUAUCCACUGGUGAUUCUGCUCUGUGUGGGACUACUGCAGCAGACUGCAAGGGCCGUUCCUAUGGAUAAGCUAGCAGACAGCAAAACUUGUGGAGAUUCAGAAUGCUCAUAUGUUCUCUCCAUGGCCACAGCCCUGGAUGACUUCAUAGCUCCUGACUGCAGAUUCAUCAACAUCAGAAAGGGUCAGAUGGUCUACGUGUAUUCUAAACUCACACCAGAGGAGGGCGCUGGAGUCUUCUGGUCGGGAAGCGUCUACAGUGAGAGGUAUGUGGACCAGAUGGGCAUUAUUGGAUACUUCCCUGCAACGAUGGUGAAGGAGACCCAGAAGUUUAUGGAAGACACAGUAAAGAUUCCUACGACUGACAUGGACUUUCACUGUUAUUAAGGCCCAACAUGCUGAGGCCUCUUUAUAUUCAAGUCUUGCUUUUAUAUACUUUUCAUUUAUAGUGGACAGAUACCUGGACAAUCUCAGCCCUCCACAGCCAGCAGUCCGACACCCCUGAUGUUGACUUAACGUGUCUGUUUUGUUUUCUUCUGUCUGGAAAAGACACUUUGAUUAAUAAACCCCUUUACAUUUGAA